ACCCAAAGUACACCUCAUCACCAAACUUGCCUUUGCCGUGUACUUCUCUGCUCCAAAAUCCCCUCCUAAAAUCUAUACAUACAAAUUCGUGUAUAUAUAUACAUAUAUAUAAAUAUCAAUUCAUUUUUCAGUUGAUAUUUUUCUUCUUCUUCUUCUUCCUCAUGUAUACAUACAAAUAAUUACACUGUAGCUACACUGUAGAUUUCAAUCUCUUCUGUUUGUAAUUAUUUAAUUUUGUUAAAUGGAGCUAUCGUAUUCGCCGCCGCUGUCAGUCAAUUCCGGCUCACUCCGCCGCGUUUCUGCAUCGGACACCCACCGCCGCCGCCAUAAAGUCGUCCUUUCUCGCCCAAUUUCCGCCAUCUCUUCUUCCUACGCCGCCGCUCCUGCCAGUAAUGGUUGCAGCACCAGCAGCUCUUCCUCGUAUUUCGGAAUCUCGCUCGCCAAGCAGCGGGGCGCGUGCUACCACCGGAGCAAUUCGGUUCCUCACAGAAAAUCGAAGCGCUCGUUCGUCGUGGUUGCCGGAGUUUUCGAGAGAUUCACGGAGAGAGCGAUUAAGGCGGUGGUGUUUUCUCAAGGAGAAGCCAAGGCUUUGGGCAAAGACACGGUGUUCACACAGCAUCUGUUGCUAGGCCUCAUCGCAGAGGAUCGCGCCCCCGGCGGAUUUUUAGGAUCCGGCAUCGACAUUGAGGCUGCACGAGAAGCUGUGCAGAGUUUGUGGCAGGAAGAGUAUCAGAACGAUGGGAAUGGGGGCAAUCUGCAGCAAUCGGAAACUUUGGCCACCGAUGUGCAGUUUUCUACGAGCACGAAAAGUGCUUUUGAAGCUGCAAUUGAGUAUUCGAGGAAUCACGGGUAUAAUUUCGUAGCGCCUGAGCAUAUCGCCAUUGGAUUGUUUACGGUUGAUGACGGCAGUGCUAAUCGUGUGCUGAAGAGAUUAGGGGUAAAUGUGAAUCAUCUGGCCGCUGUAGCAGUCUCCAGACUUCAAGGAGAGCUUGCCAAAGAAGGGAGAGAACCAGCUUCUGCUGCAUUCAAAAGGUCGCGUGAUACCGUCUUUCCUGAGAACCUCACUCGUGCUAGAUCCCCUGAAAAGCCGAAAGAGAAAAAAGCUCUUGACCUAUUCUGCGUCGAUCUCACUGCCCGUGCUAGCAGUGGAUUUAUAGAUCCUGUGAUUGGUCGAGAUAAGGAAGUACAGAGGAUGGUACAAAUUCUUUGCCGAAGAACCAAGAGUAAUCCGAUUCUUCUCGGUGAAGCUGGGGUUGGUAAGACUGCAAUUGCAGAAGGUCUGGCUAUAAGCAUUGCCGAUGGAGAUGUACCUUCCUUUCUUAAGAAAAAGCGCAUAAUGUCAUUGGACGUAGGUCUACUAAUAGCAGGUGCUAAGGAGAGGGGUGAAUUGGAGGGGCGUGUUACCAUGUUAAUAAAGGAGAUUAAGAAGUCAGGAAAUAUUAUUCUCUUCAUUGAUGAGGUUCACACGCUUAUCGGUUCUGGCACGGUUGGGCGAGGAAACAAGGGAUCGGGUCUCGAUAUAGCGAAUCUAUUGAAGCCAUCACUUGGACGGGGUGAAUUGCAGUGUAUUGCAUCUACAACUAUGGAUGAGUUUCGGUUGCAUUUUGAGACGGAUAAAGCAUUGGCCCGAAGAUUUCUACCUAUAUUGAUCAAACAACCAAGCGAGGAAGAAGCAUAUCAGAUACUGUUGGGUUUGCGUGAAAAGUACGAAUCUUAUCACAAAUGUAGAUACACUUUGGAGGCCAUAAAAGCUGCAGUAUAUCUUUCGGCAAGAUAUAUUCCCGAUAGAUAUCUUCCGGAUAAAGCUAUUGAUCUUUUAGACGAGGCAGGAAGUAGAGCUCGUAUGGAAGCAUCAAAAUUGAAAAAGGAAAAGCGAAUAGCAAUACUUUCAAAGUCUCCGAGUGAUUACUGGCAAGAAAUUAGAGCUGUGCAGGCCAUGCAUGAAGCGUCACUAGCAACGAAACGGACUGAAAAUGACGACACCUCGAGGAUAGAAGAGGAUGGAAAACUCAAUAUUCCUUCUUUGCCGCCCUCGUUGUCGAAUGAUGAAAUCACGGUGGUUGGAGCGGAGGAUAUAGCUGCUGUUGCUUCGUUCUGGUCAGGAAUCCCUGUUAAAAAACUAACAGCUGAUGAGAGAGUGCUCCUAUUGAGUCUCAAUGAACAACUGAAGAAACGAGUCAUUGGUCAAGAUGAAGCUGUUACCGCAAUUUGUCGAGCUGUGAAGAGAUCCCGUGUUGGCUUGAAAGACCCCGAUAGACCCAUUGCUGCAAUGCUCUUCUGUGGGCCCACUGGUGUUGGGAAAACCGAACUCACCAAAGCCUUGGCCGCAAAUUUCUUCGGUUCUGAAUCCGCCAUGCUAAGAUUGGACAUGAGCGAAUACAUGGAGCGGCAUACUGUAAGCAAGUUAAUCGGAUCUCCACCAGGUUACGUAGGCUAUGGAGAUGGAGGUACUCUUACAGAAGCUAUCAGAAAACAGCCUUUUACCGUUGUACUGUUAGACGAGAUCGAGAAAGCUCACCCAGACAUAUUCAACAUCCUCCUGCAAUUGUUUGAAGACGGCCAUCUUACAGAUUCCCAGGGUCGAAGAGUAUCGUUCAAGAAUGCGCUAAUAGUGAUGACUUCCAACGUGGGAUCUGCUGCCAUUGCAAAGGGUAGAACAAAUUCCUUCGGCUUUUUCGCUAACGAAGACGUUUCGACUUCAUAUGCCGGAAUGAAAGCUCUAGUGAUGGAAGAGCUCAAGGGAUAUUUCCGUCCGGAGUUACUCAAUAGGAUAGACGAAGUAGUGGUGUUUCACCCUCUCGAGAAACCUCAGAUGCUUGAAAUAUUGGAUAUAAUGUUGAGUGAGGUUAAAGAUCGUCUUUCCACUUUGGGAAUCGGUCUGGAAGUAUCGGAAGCAGUGAUGGAUUUGAUUUGCCAGCAAGGCUAUGACCGGAGCUAUGGGGCCCGCCCUCUCAGAAGAGCAGUUACGCAUAUUAUUGAAGAUCCUGUAAGCGAAUCUAUACUCUCUGGGGAUUAUAAGCAUGGUGAUAUUGCGGUAGUCGAUUUGGAUGAAUCUGGUAAUCCGGUUGUGUAUAAUGGAUCAAAUCAGAGAAUCCAAAUAUCUGAUACAGCUUCCCAUCUAUAAGGGGUUCAUCCAAAUAAUAUUAAAAAAAAAAAAAAAAAAAAAAAAAGCAGUUUCGUCGUCCUGAGGUGUAUAUUUAUUGAGUAUAUAUAUGUAUUUGUACAGAGCGUGUAAAUAAUCGAUUCUAUGGUAUAAUAACGGGCGCGUAUAGAAACGCUGUAUCAUUCUUUAGGGCACGAAUGCGGCGUGAAAAAUAUAUGUAUUUGCCAACACGAUGGAUAUACGUUAUUUUUUUCCCUUCCAGUAC